AUGGCUGGGUCUCGCUGUGGCUGCGAAUCGUCGCUGCUGCUGCUGCUGCUGGUGCUCGCCUUAGCGCUGACGCUGAAGUCGCCGGCCCUAGCGAGGUCUCACUGCGCGGCCCGAAUCGCCACCGUCGCCAUCGAGGACUCGCUGUGCGGCACCUGCUACUACGUGAACACGACCAUUUGCCAGGGCGCGUGCGUGACCAAGCAAAGCUACGCGCGCCACGGCCGCUCGGUGCAGCGCGCCUGCGUCUACGCCGAGGUGCGCUACGAGACGGCGGCGCUGCCCGGGUGCGCGGCGCGACCCCUCGCGGCCACGACCGCCGUCCCCUCGGCGGUGUCGUGCGCGUGCCGCCGCUGCGACACGCGCACCACCGACUGCACCGAGAGGAGCGUCGGGCCGGACUUCUGUCGACUUCGCGGAGGUGGAUGA